AUGUCUGAAAAAGAGAAAAGCGUUGCAGUAAAUAAAGAGGGCCCUAGUAGUCAGAAAUCUCCACAAGAUGAGGUAACUAUACUCGUCGGAACAUGGGUUCGCGAAACUACCGGAGCUUGGGUUUUCGAGACAGACACGCAUGAAGGUUCCGGAAGUAUCAAUCUCUCAGACGACCUCAAGUUUCGAGAUCUCGUUGAUGAAGUCCGCAUAAAAUUGCAAAUCAAAGCCGACAAUGUUAGUAUUAAACUCGGCUAUCAGUAUCCACAGUGGAUGGCCAUCGACGACGGUGACGGAUCAACUCCGCAAUAUAUAACCGAUGAUCAGGAGGUCCAGUUCUUUAUCCAGAUGCGACGCCAAAUUGAGGAGGUCAAUCUUUGCGUUACAAUAACAGCUCAUGUAAAUGGAGUUCCCACGAUUCCGACAUGCAACCGCAAGAUGAUGGAACACUCUCCUGAAACAGAGGAUAUACAAUCAUCUAAUGCUGCAGAUAAUGGAGGAAAUUCUGAAGACGAAUGGCAUAAAUUUGCUAUAUCUGAAACACCAAUGACGUUUCCGGCGUUUGGCUCGUCACAGCUCAUUGAUCUUCCUCCCAAACACCGUCACCGUGUACAAAGUAAAGCUAAAGGAGUGUCAAUUAAUGAAGGAGCUUCAGCAAUUCGUCUUAGAAGUCCCACGAUUGCUGCUGCUGAUAAAGGAAAAGGAAUUGUCACAGACUAUGGAAGCUCAAGUGAUAGUGAUGAUGACGAUGCCGCAGUUGUUCCAUCUUUACCAUCUAAAGUUCCAAAAGUUCAUCUCAACAACAACAAUGUGGAAGUCAGACGGAGUCUGUUUCAAGAUGGAGAAAACAGUCAUAUGGGACCGGAUAAUGAAGCUGACAGUGAAGAUGACGAUGAGAAGAGUGACUACGAACCAGAACAAGGUCGACGCUUUAGCAGAUGGGGAAGAUUUGAAGAUGCUCUCCAUCAAAUUCUUAAUGAUUUCAGCACUGAACCUGCUUUGUUUGGUCGUGACGCUCCACCGGUCUUCACAACCACUGAAGGAGAUGGUAAGCAUUUAACAAAUUUAAAAGAUGGAAACUAUCAAUACAUAGAAAAUAAUUAG